AUGUUAUGGGAGUUGCAAGAUGUUGUCGGAGUGAGGCAAGAUGUGAACGAGUCAGUGCAACAUGUGAAGGAGUUAGUGCAAGAUGUGAAAGAGUCAAUGCAAGAUGUGAAGGAGACAGUGCAAGAUUUAGUGCAAGAUGUGAAGGAGUUAGUGCAGGACGUGAAGGAGUUAGUGCAGGACGUGAAGGAGUUACUGGAAGAUGUGAAGGAGACAGUGCAAGAUGUGAGUGAGAGCAAGAUGUUAUGGGAGUUGCAAGAUGUUGUCGGAGUGAGGCAAGAUGUGAACGAGUCAGUGCAACAUGUGAAGGAGUUAGUGCAAGAUGUGAAAGAGUCAAUGCAAGAUGUGAAGGAGACAGUGCAAGAUUUAGUGCAAGAUGUGAAGGAGUUAGUGCAGGACGUGAAGGAGUUAGUGCAGGACGUGAAGGAGUUAGUGCAGGACGUGAAGGAGUUAGUGCAGGACGUGAAGGAGUUACUGCAAAAUGUGAAGGAGUUAGUGCAAGAUGUGAAGGAGUUACAGCAAGACAUGAAUGGAGUUAAUGCAAGAUGUAAAGGAGACGUGAAGGAGUUAGUGCAGGACGUGAAGGAGUUAGUGCAGGACGUGAAGGAGUUAGUGCAGGACGUGAAGGAGUUACUGCAAAAUGUGAAGGAGUUAGUGCAAGAUGUGAAGGAGUUACAGCAAGACAUGAAUGGAGUUAAUGCAAGAUGUAAAGGAGUUAGUGCAAGAUGUGAAGGAGUUAGUGCAGGACGUGAAGGAGUUAGUGCAGGACGUGAAGGAGUUAGUUGCAGGACGUGA